CCCCCUUCCCUCCUCCACCAGCGCUGCUUCCUUCCCCAGUAGCUUAAGUGCUCUACUGGAUAAACAGGAAGGUUUAAUAUCUCAGCCAGUGAGCAUAUUCACAGCGCAAUCAUAAGAUCUUUGUUCAACACACUUGUUAAAGAGCCAGAGAAGUCUAAAUGUGACAGCUAAACUGUGAAACCCUGACCGGGAGACAGUAUCGCCAUCUGCCAGGAACUUACAAAAGUUCGUUGAGAGAAGGGAGACUUUGGGACUGUCAGGGAACGGAAACCAUCAAAGAUUAAGGAUUAACAAAAAUACUGGAAGUUUGUGACUUUAUGUGGCAACGGUCUGACAGCUGGCUGGAAGUUUGCUAGGCAGUUUGGCUGUAGAAUGAAUCUGACCGUAGUAUUUUUGGGCUGUGGUUGACAGUUCCAAGCUAGAGGGACUUGGGAAGCUAUAAGUGACAAUCCAGGAAAAGCAAGAAGGUUCUAUUUAUGUUGUGACAAUGACAAUAGUGUAUAAAAGAUUACACUACAUUUGACAUUCUUUUGAGAAAAGAAACUCUUACGCAAUAUGAAACUCUGCACUUAUGGACUUGUGAGUUCUUGGAGCCUCUGCCACCUCUUCUUUCUAUUUCUGUUGAGUGAUUUGGGAGAAACAAAUCAGGUAAGGUGUCUGUGGGAGCAAAGAAAGCAUGGAACAGGCAGAAAGAAAAGAGGGAAUGACAGAUCAAGGAAAUGCAAAAAAAGGAGAGAAGAAGAGAGUAUAUUAUGGGAAUGAGGUGUGAGAGAUUUAAAAAAGAAAGCAAGCAUAAGGAAGGGAGAAUGCCUGUGACCGAUUGUGUGUGUAUGGCGAAUGCGUAUGGAUAAUCACAGUUUAGGGCUAUUCAAUAAAGUGUACUGUCAGGAAAUCAAAGUGAUUUUAACAUUUACGGCUAAAAUAACCGAACAGAAAACAAAGCAGACCUAGAGCUGUAGUGGCUUAAUGGGGACCUGCCAUGGUAUCUUAACCUAUUAAUGCUUCUAAUCCAAAUAUAUACUUUAUCACAAAGAUAAAUUAUUAUAUUCAAAUAUAUGAAAGAAUAACACCAGGAUAGGAAUACCCAACCAAGGGGUUAGAUGAGGGUUACAGAGGUAUUAAAGGGCAUAACCCUAGACAUUAAACAAUAAAGAAAAAAAUAGUGGGGGUUGGUAGCUUUAAACUAAGAAAAAGCACCCUACCUCACUAAGGUUACCUUAUUACAUUUGAGCUAUCUGGCAUAAUAACAAGCAACAUGUUAAUCUUACUAUUUAUUCACAAGUGCUACUUUUGUAGCCGGGGGUGCUCUUUAAAGGCAGUACUGGUGUCUAUGGAACAAGUCUAGCAGUCUUUUUAUUUUCACUCUGAUCACUUAUUUUGCACAUACCCACGUUAUUUAGUGAGUUAUGCAUUUUUUUUGGCUUCAUAAAAUGUAUUAUCUUAUAUUGAUUUUUACUUUUAGAGGUAACCUUAGUGAGGUAGGGUGUUUUUUUUUUUUUUUUAGUUUAAAGCUACCAACCCCCACUAUUUUGUUCUUUAUAAAUUAAAUAUUCCAAAUGCUCUAUGAAUGUUCAUCACAGUACCAUCUCGGGUGUUACAUCGAUUGUAAGUUCCUUUGGGCAGGGUCUUCUUUACCUCUUCUCUCUGAUAAUAUUUUGUAUAUCAACUACUUGUUGUCAAUCAUCCCCAUUCUAUGGUUUAAAGCACACCAGAAUAUGUUGAUGUCAUAUAAAUAGUGCUCAUAAUAACACCCAAUUGUCCAUCCCUUCAUGGCAUUGACACUCUAGGUUCAGUGCCAGUGCAGUGUCAUAAGUCACUCCAUACCUACUGUACCAUAGCAAGUGCAAGACGUGAUAAAUUAAUAUAAUAUAUUAUAUAGGAAAAGAGCAGGCAAAAAUCUCACAGUGGUCCCACUCUCACUGGAACACGCACACUUCAUAAGAAUCGCUCUGUUAUCAAAAAUAUAACGUGUAAAAAUCAGCGCACUACACUCCAUUCUAGCGUUAAUGCCCAUAAAUCCAGUUUGAAGUUUAGUGUGCUAAUAAGACACACAUAUAAUAUCUCUAAUUAUCCUUUAUUUGUUCGUAAAUGUAAAAUGUAACAAUGCAUUCAUCAUGAAUCUCAACGGGUAUAUAAUCUGUCAGGCAUAGCAACUGAACCAUUUAAAAUAUAUAUUUUGUUUGUUAGUGUGGUUUUCUAUGUACACGGACAGUUUAAAUGGCAGCUGUAUUAUUUUGCAGUGUUUGUCCAAUCCGUACUCCAUUGAGGAGGCCAUUUUCUCAUUUUUGACCUACUUCCCAUUAGUAAAUCACAGCAUGGUGUCACUGUUUUAUUGUUAUUGCUUUCAAAGAGCCAUGAUAUUCUCCAGCAUUGUAACUACAAAGGGCUUAUUUACAAUCUUAUUGCUGCUUUUUGUAACAAGGUGCAACAUAUUUCCAUGCCUGCUUCUUCUGCCUCAGAAUGCAACAUUUUGACCGUAGGGAUGUGGAAUUAAUGGCUGGGUAGGGGCUAAAAGCUCCCAUUAUAUCAAUGGGUGCCACUACACUCUACUUAGUGACUGGUUUGCAACUGGUUUCUAAUCUCACACUACUCAUUGCAGGAUUCUGUUAACCAUUAAACCAUAACAGACCGUUCUCGGGCCUGGUGUAUAGAUUCUAUUGACACCUAAAUCCCUAUACAACCAAUUGAAACAAAAAAAAGUCUUGUUCCAUCUCUGUCACUACUUUUUACUGGUCUACUGCCACUUGACUUUCGCUACUUGCCACACAGUGGAAGGUGCGCAAGCUCAGCUGUGUGUUUCUGUCACUGAUAGUAGUUGGUGUCUGUAACUUUUGCAGUUAAUAUGGAUAGGCUAUAUAAAAGUAGUCAAAACGAUGUAAACCUGGUUGCAAUUGGUGACCGUUACAACUACCAUCUGUUAUUAAUAGCAACGCCCAAAGUUGUUUAUAUUGAAUAAAUGCUAAACACAAUAAAUAAAAAUGUACAAGAUGUCGAGGCCUGCAAUACACAUGAUUCUCUACCAGACACAGUCUGGCUAAGAAUGAUAAGAGGUACAGUCCAGAGCACAGCGGUGCACCCAGCACUAUAAUGCAAGGUUAUAUCACAUUUCAAAGUCAACAUUUUUAAAGUGAAUACUGAGUUUGUACUUGUCUAUUACAGAAUUGUUCCUAGCAACUAGUGAGAGCAUAUCAAUAUUGCCAUAACUCCCAAAACCCCCAUAAAAUUAAUCAGGGGUCCCCGGAAUAACUUAGUAACCACUGAGGGGCCAAUGUAUAACCUUCCCUCCCAUCAUGUUCUUCAUUGAUGUAUUUAUUUGUUUAAGUUCUGCUUUGCUAGGCUGUGCUGCAUUAUUGAACAGCAAUGAAAGGGUUAGUUUAGUCAGUAGUAGAAAGUUUGUGCAUGCGUAGUAAUUGCUCAGGGCCUCUUUAAUGUAUUUUCAGCAGCCUGGAGCAAGCAUUAACUUCACAGGGGGAAUUUAUUUUGUAGACUUAAGAGCAACACAAUUUUUGUAGGUGAAAAAUCUAGCAUACGGCAGGGGAUUUUACGAGCUCUGAUGUCAGUUAGAGAGUAGAACGAAGUGGGAAAAAAUUCUGAUAAAUUCUUUAAUCAUUUAAAUCCUUUAAUCCUUUUUUCCUUUAAUUUAAAUUUUUGAUUAUUAUAUUUUGUAUUUAUACUGUUGACUGAUAGAACACACUAAAUCUGUGUCACAUCGCGCAGUGUGCAACGGCUUAUUUCUGUGGUUAUGGUGCUUAGAAGCUAUCCCAGUUAAUAUACCAGCUAAACCCUCGCCAUUUUGAUUUUCAUCUUCAUCUCCUGCACCCUAAGUCCCGACCCCUUCCUGGGGAUGCCAUAUUGAGAAAUCUAGCUUCUUUAUUGCGCAAGUAGUUGGAUGGAUCAUUCACUCUGAAACGUUAGUAAUUUCCCCAGCUCAACUGUUCUGGCCUAAAAUUUAAAGUUCACUUUAAAUUGCAAUCAAUUCCACAAACACUAGUUCAGUGAACCACCCUCUCAGUGUGCUCACUCCAUCCAACUGCAGUGGUGAAGGUAAGCUAAGAGAGAGAUUAAGAAAGAGAGGGGUGUUGAGUCGGACACAGGAAAUGAAAUGAAAUUCAAGAAAAUGGGCAGGAUUUAAAGCGGCACUGUCAUGCCGAAUCCCGUUUUUUUUUUAACCCCCCUCCCGCCUCCACUACAUCCAAUUGACCCACUAGUCACCCCCAAAUACCCCUAAGCCCCCCACAUUACCUAUUUUUUAAUCCUUAUUUUCUGCCCCGAUCUAUAGUCAGGGCACCGCCAUCUUUGUGUGGGUAGAUGAAGUCCCUGUGGGACACGUCAUCAGCCCACACUAGGCAGACUGUGAGAUUCCCACACAUGCCCAGUGAAACACCUGGACAUGCCAACGGGAAUUUCAUCUAUUCAUUCAUCAGACAGACGAAUGAAUGAAUAGAAAUAUCAGCUGAACAAACUAACACUAUGUAUCAGUGUUAGUUUGUUCAUCCAGUUUAUUACAAGGAGGGAGCUACCGGCGUGCAGCUCCCUCCUUGUAAUAUGUAACUAUAGAAGCGGCAGGGAGCAGUGCUCCCCACCACUUCAUAAGCCCCCCAGGUCCCCCUCUCACUCUAUGGGGGUCAAUAUGACCCCCAUAAUAGCACAAGGGAGCUAAAAAUCUCCAAAAUGCCCCUACUCGCUAUACCGCGAGUAGGGGCAUGUCUACUAAACAGUGAGCAGCCUGUGGCAGCUCACUGUUGAAAAAAAAUGACAUAAAUUACAAUAAAAGGGGGCGGACCUAUUGUCCUCUCCCCCCUCCCCCACCCUGAGCGGCGGGUGGGGGCCAUGAAGAUAAUGAGGGGGGGGACCUACUGUCCUCCACCACGGCCCCCACCCCUGCGCGGUGGGUGGGGGCCCUAAUAAAACAAUAAGGGGGGGGACCUACUGUCCUCUCCCCCCUGGCCCCUACCCCUGAGCGGUGGGUGGGGGCCUUAAUAAAACAAUAAGGGGGGGGGACCUACUGUCCUCCCCCCCGGCCCCCACCCCUGAGCGGUGGGUGGGGGCCCUAAAUAAAGAUAUGGGGGGGAACUUCUGUCCCCCCCCUCUGGCCCCCACCCCUGUGCGGUGGGGGUGGGGGCCCUAAUAAAACAAUAAGGGGGGGACCUACUGUCCUUCCCCCAGGCCCCCACCCAUGUGCGGUGGGUGGGGGCCCUAAUAAAACAAUAAGGGGGGGACCUACUGUCCUCCCCCCCGGCCCCCACCCCUGCGCGGUGGAUGGGGGCCCUAAUAAAACAAUAAGGGGGGGGGACCUACUGUCCUCCCCCCCGGCCCCCACCCCUGAGCGGUGGGUGGGGGCCCUAAAUAAAACUGGGGGGGACCUACGCCACUCCUCCCCUACACCCUGAGCGGUGGGUGGGGCCCUAAACAAUCAAGCCCCUAGUCACCCCACAAAAGGGCCAGGGGAGGACGUAGGUCCCCCUUAUUGUUUUUAGGGCUACCCACCCGUGCGGAAGUGGGGCGAGAAGGAUUCCCAUAUCUUAGGGCCCCGCGGGCAUGGGGGGGGUUUAUGAAUUUUGUUGUUUUUAGGUAGCAGCUAUAAGCUGCUCACUACCUACAUGCCCCACUGCGGCGUAUAGCGGUAGGGGCGACUAUUACUAAUACUAUCUUUUACCUAGAAGUGGCAGUAAAAUUAACGAAACCAAUUUAGGUCUUUCAGCCUUUUAGUAGAUAGCUCCCUGAUACCGUGGGAAUUAGGGAGUUAUCUACUAAGCGGCUGCAAGAUGCAGCCGCGGCAAUGAAUAGGAUCGGAGUUUCAUUCAUUAGAAUGAAAUUCCGAUCCAAAUAAAGUGCCGAAUUGCGUUAUAAAAGAAACGAACAUACUGUUCUCAUUCAGUUAGAACGCAAUUCGGCAGUUUUGUGUAAAGUGACAGGAAGCAUUGUGAGAACACAGAGGGAAGGUAAGGAUCAUGGGAAAAUUGCUCUGACCAGCGGAAAUGAAGCACACUUUGCUCCUCUGCUGGUCAGAGCUGGUCAAGCGGAGGAAUCCUCCAUAAGGCAAAGAGUCCCUACUUUGUCUUAUGAUUUUAAAGAAAACUAAAGAAGACAGGAAGAAAAGAAUAACAGAUCCUGAGAGAGGGGGAGAAGAGGAAGAGAUUGAGGAAAGGUAAGUUCGGCAUGACAGUGCCGCUUUAAAAGGUCAAAUUUCAGGGGAAAGAUCCAGGUGCUUUAACCAUUUCAAUAGGUUUUAGUGUUUGUGGUGUCUGGAGAGUCCCUUUAACAUUGUAACGGCUCUGCUAUGUUUGUAAUGAACACAGCACUUAGCAAAUUCCAUCUCUUUGAAACAUUCCGCUCACAGUAACAGAAAAGAACAAUGUUUUACAAAGUAAAUUAUGGGAGGUUAAAGGGACACUAUAGGCACCCAGACCACUUCAGCUCAUUGAAGUGGUCUGGGUGCAGUGCCCCUGUCCCCUUAACCCUGGGAUUGCAAUUAUUACAGUUAUUGAGAAACUGCAAUAAUUAACUUGCAGGGUUAACUCCGCUCCCUAUGGCGUAGAUCUAACAUGAUUGCGGCGAUCGCCGUGCAUAUGUGUUAAAAACCUCCGCCAGCUUACAUUGGCAAAGGAUGAGCGAAGGUGGUACCUGACCCAUCGCCGAGGAAUAUUUGUGCUGGAAUCAGGUGAGUGACAAGAGUGUUUUUAACUUUCAACACUGCGGAAUGGGGGCGCUAUAGGUUGUAUAGUGCUAGGAAUACAACUUUGUUUUCCUACCGUUAUAGUUUCCCUUUAAGGUACGGCUACAUAAGAUUCUCUAUUGUUUGAUGCUAUGCUGUAACUAGAAAACGCAAUACUACUCUGUUUCUGUAUUAGGACUUGGCGAUAUUAUAGGUAGUGUAUUUGAUGGAUUCCAAAUAUUUACUGGAAGAUGCUGUAUUAUUACUUAGAUGGGAGAUAAGGAAAUACGCUAUAGAACAAUCUCACAGCUUAACAUAAUUAUAUCUGUUUUUUUAUAUUCUGUUGUCACAGGCAAAUCGAAACUGCAAUGGGGACAAUCAGUAUUACAAUCCAAAAGCCAAGAAGUGUUGCGACAGAUGUGCCCCAGGUAACAUGAUAUUAUAUACUUAACACAAUACACACUGUUGAUCUUUAUAGUUAAUGCCUUAAAAAAAACAAAUACAAAAACAAAAAUGUAUAUUAAUUUUAAAAAAAUACUGCCAUCUGACAACCUUGCAUUUGCAGCAAAUCCCCAAGCUGUGCUGCUUCCACAGUAAAAUUUGCACAGAAAAAGAAUUGACUCAGCCAAUCACAAUCCUCAAUAAAAAUCCAAAAGGUGCAGGUGUGCAAAGUUGUUUAGAAAAUAGAAACCAGAGAAAUAUACUUGAACAGAUAAUAUGUGAGGUAUACCAAUAUAUACACACACAAGUAUAUGCAGAAAUAAAAACAAGAUCAGUGGGCAGUUGAAGCAUGCAUAAAACACCAAGUGGUCUGGUAAAAUAUAUACAAUAUAAUGUAUUCAGCAAAUUUAUACUUGUACUUUUACUUGUAUACAGGAACAGCUUAAUUUAGAAUACAUAAGAGCAAGAACCUAGUGCAAUAUUGUAAAAGAGUAUUUUGUAGAGUAUAUGUAAAAGUAGUAAACUCACAAUUGUGGAGUUGUUAAAGUACCACUCCAAACUACCAGGCUCUGUGAGGAUCAGACACUGGAGAACGUAGGAUCUAAGUGCAUGGUUGAAGUAUACAAAAUAUUCCUUUAAUUGCCAACUAAACAAAUAUAUCAAUAAAAAAAAUAAUAAAAAGUGGUGUAGUUGUAGAUCAAGUAUAGUCCUGCAUGUCACAAUCCUCAUUUUAAUCUAUAUAGCCGUGCAAAUCAUACUUCAUAAACUGUGCUUUUGGGGCACAACAAGGUAUACGGUAAUAUUACCAUUGCUAUAUAGCUCCAAUAUAAUCUUCUGAAAGGGAGAACUUAAUUAUUUUAAAAUAAUAUUACAUUUAAAAAAAAAAAAGAACACACCGAGUAUAACUAACUGUAAGCUAGCCUACACAUUCUGCCAAAUAUGUGUGAAAACCUCAGGUACACUGCAAUGCAAGGUUAACACAAUACAGAUCAUUGCCUGAAUAAGGGCAUUAUGUAUCCCCAUGGAGCAAGCAUAGCUUAAGUGGAAUGGGGUCCUUGACAGGGCUACAAGGUGGGCUUAGGUGGGGAUGGCAGGGAUUGGUUGGUUAGGAUGGGGGCAGGCCUAGUAUAUAUAGAGUGGCCAUCUUAAUUUUGCUACAACCAAUCUACUCACCAGUCUGGGUUGAUUGGUCACAGCAGCGAGGUUGUUGAGGGGAAGAAAAGGGAGAAACAUGGUCUAUGGUCAGAAAAUUAAGAAGAGUUAACAAAGUUGGUUGAUUGGUUAAAAUUGGUUGGUUACAAUGUUGGUGUAAUGUUGGUGGGUUUCAAGCCUGUCGGUGGCUCGAAACCUUGGAGGUGUAGGAGUAUCCAGGUAUACCCUGUCCAGAAGGCGGUUAAUCAUUAUGUUGCACUUUAUUUAUGUAUAUAUUUAUGUGUUGUUACACCGUUAUGCAAAUGUUUACUAUAUGGAUCAUUGCCUCUAUUUAUGACAUAUGGGAUAUGUCUUGUGAUGUAAGGGGUGGAGGGUUGGGGCAAUGAAUCUACAAGUUUUCAGCUGAUAUUUUGUAAAAGGUUAUUAUACAUAUAUGAUGGAUUCAAUAAAGCUGUGGACAUAUUGACCCAUACCUCAGAGUGUCUGUGUUUAACUGGUAACAGUGGUGGGUAUGGGAGCUUUGUGGUAAUCACCAUCUGCCCACAUGGCGACUAUACACCGGUCAUGUGUGGCUGCCCUCGUUAAUUCUAAGCACCAGCUGUACAAUGAUUGGAGGAGAGAAGAAAAUCAGAAAAUCUGUGCAGUGAUUAGAGAAAAUCAUGCCAUUAUUUACAGAGACAACAGUUACGGUCACAAAUCUGAGGAAGGAACCUGUGCUAGGGUUGAAGGUGUAGAGCAAGUUGAGACCUAGCUAGAGAUUGGAGAAGAGAACUAAGCAGAAAAAGCACUGGAGAAUGGAGGGGAAGAGAAAGCAGAAAUAACUCCAAAGACUGGAAGAGAGAACGCAAAGACAGCAUUGGGGAUUGGAGGAGAGGAGAAGGCAGAGACAGCACUGGAGAUUGGAAUAGAGGAGAACGCAGAGACAGAACUGGAGGUGGAGGAGAGAACACAUAGACAGCAUUAGAGACUGGAGGAGAGAAUUCAGAUAAAGCACUGGAGAUUGGAGGAAAGGAGAAAACAGAGAAAGUUAUGUCGCGAUUGUAGUCGAACGCAAAGAAUGUUGAGUGGGUAUUGGAAUAAAUAAAGUAGAGAAAACUUUGUAGGGAUGGAAGAAGGUACAGAAACUGUGCAGUGAUUGUGAAGCUGUUUAGUAGUUGCGGGAAGAAUAUGUAAUCGAAAACCCAUGCAGUUAUUGAGAUCAGUGUGGUUAGUUGAGGUUUAUAUUUUUUGACUGGAAAGAGAGGCCUUGUCCUAAGAGAAUUCAAUAUGACUCAUUAAAACUGAUAUUUAUUACUUUUGUACCUCUUCUCUUUUUUACACACAGGAUUUUACUGACUUACCAGCAGGUUAAUUAGCAGUCGAUGUGAGCACAGAUCUAUGGUAUAAUCUACUAUUAAAGGACCACUCUAGGCACCCAGACCUCUUCAGCUUAAUGAAGUGGUCUGGGUGCCAGGUCCAGCUAGGGUUAACCCAUUCAGAGAAACUGCUAUGUUUAUGAAUGGGUUAAGCCUUCCCCUAUUUCCUCUAGUGGCUGUCUCAUUGACAGCCACUAGAGGCGCUUGCGUGCUUCUCACUGUGAUUUUGUAAAUGCUUUCCUAUGCGACGGGCUGAAUGCGCGCGCAGCUCUUGCCGCGCGUGCGCAUUCAGCCCAGGAGGAGGAACGGAGGAGGAGAGGAGGCAGAGAGCUCCCCGCCCAGCGCUGGAAAAAGGUAAGUGAUUAAAGUUCAAUUUAGAGAUUGAGAUACAAUUAUUUAAGGUAAAUUACAUCUGUUUGAAAGUGAAACCAGUUUUUUUUUCAUGCAGGCUCUGUCAAUCACAGCCAGGGGAGGUGUGGCUAGGGCUGCAUAAACAGAAACAAAGUGAUUUAACUCCUAAAUGGCAGUGAAUUGGGCAGUGAACUUGCAGGGGAAUGAUCGAUACACUAAAACUGCUUUAUUUAGCUAAAGUAAUUUAGGUGACUAUAGUGUUCCUUUAACCCCUUAAGGACACAUGACGGAUAUAUUCCAUCAUGAUUCCCUUUUAUUUCAGAAGUUGUGUCCUUAAGGGGUUAAUAUAGUUGUUCUGGUAAGUAUAGUCAGUCCAUGCAGGAAUUUAAUGUAAAUACUGUGUUUUCAAAGAAAAUGCAGUGUUUACAUUACAGCUUAGGCAUACCUCCAGUGGCCACUCAUCAGAUGGCUACUAGAGGUGCUUCCUGUGGCAGUGCUGCACAGUGUGACUGACAUUCAGUGUCUGAAUGCUCUGCAUGGAGACACUGAACUUUUCUUCAUAGAAAUGCAUUGAUUCAAUGCAUUGAUUCAAUGCAUCCCUAUGAGGAGAUGCUGAUUGGCCAAGGUGGCAUUUGACUCCACACCCGUCCAGCCUCCUUGGGAAAGUAUUGUGUUUGGCUGAGAUCAUCACUUCUGAUGAUGUCAUCCAAAGAGGCGGAUUAGGGGCAGGAUCCGCACUAGCAGACUGGAAUAAAGGUAAGAUUUUACUAUAUUUAGGGGGCAAGGGAGAUCAGAAUCCAAGAGAGUAUAAUAAUUAUAGAAAUCCCUUGUAGUGAUAUAGCUGUCCCCUCCACACAAGAGACAAGACUCAAGUUGAGGUUGAAGAGGAACUAAAUUUUAAUGGUGCCACAGUGGCCUUUUAUACAAGUCCCCAAGCAAGGUGUCCGCCCAUAUGGACCUUGGGGACAGGGACGCAAAGCUUACAAACCAAUAAGAACAGUUAUUAAAUGUACGACACUCCCACAACAAACAUACAAUCCCUCCCCUCUGCCUGUGAGAUAAUUGGAUCAGAUACUGUAUUAACCCAAUUAUCUACAGGCAGAAAAAACACAUAUUUUACAAAACCCGAAAGUACCCCAAAACACAACAUAUUCCCAUACAUCUUACAUCCCCUGAUAGCCCUGAUCUGGGUGACCAACAUAUCCAAAAAUCACCCAGGUCAGAUCAGGGGUUCAGAAAUGUUAUGGAAGUCAUAAUUUUGCCCAGGCUCAGGCAUGGUCCCAUGCCCAAAACAGUUCCAUAGAAUCGCAACGAAGUUCCGCUGGAGGAACGACCAGGAACCGCAAGGUUUUCAGGCCGAAAAUAGUUCCAGGGCAUUCGCGGCUAAGUCCCUCUGAAGUCUAUUUGUGGUUUUGGUCCAUGCGAACAAGAUGGCCGCCACCACGUGUUCGAAUGUGGGAUGGCGGCCACUUCUACUGUUUGGGAGCUUGAAGGGCCACUUUGAAAGUUCGAACUGUGGCCAUAAAAAUCCAAAAAGGCACAGACCGUGAUUUAAACCAACUUUUAUCACAUGGGACAUAGUCACAGGGUAGGAGGCUGGCAAACAAGCCCCUCCAAAAAACAGUGACGAGGUUACUUUCGCCACACUAUGUGUUGAGUGAAGGUAUGAAGAAGUCUAAAAUGUGAAUUAAUUGUUGGAUAUGGAGAGUUAUUUAGAAUGCUUUUUAUUGAAUGUGCAGGAAUUCUAGAAUUUUUUGAAUGUGCUAUAUUUAGUGCAUGUCGGGCUAGUUUAGCCAGACAGAAAGCCUAAAACAUUGUUGUGUUGGGUGGAUUUUGGAAGGAAUCCCAGAAUGUCCUGUUGCCUCGAGCUGUGAUAGAAUUAGUGGAUGUUUUGUUCUGUGUAGAGUAGGGAAGUCAGUAUAGAAUGCUGUGUGGUGAGUAAGGGAGGGCAGGAAGCUUAGAAUCUUCUGAACUAUGUCAUAGAGUGUUCUUCAGUUGGUAACUCUUCACCUAGAUGUCUACAUGCUUGGCCUUUGUGUAUUAUCUAAACUACUUUCAAUUUGCUUACCACUGGCUGAAACAAACUGGCCUAUUAUUUUUAUUAGUGUAAAGAGAUAUUAGGAGGUGCUGCACUCUUCAACAACUAAUAGGUAGAGAUGAAAUUAAAUUGCACAGGUUGGCAAUUUAUUUAUUUCUUUCCCACCAAUGUUUGAUAUGUUUCAAAACUCAAAAUAAUUCAUCUAAGCAAAUAUUUUCAACUAGCGACAGAUAAACUGCGAAGUAAUGGACCACCCAAGCUCACAGACUGGUGUCGCCAAAGACUGAAGUGCAUAGUUUGUACACCUUGAUUCUUCAAACAGGCUGUGAACACAACACAAGUCUUAGAACUGUUUGUCAAGAGUUUCACGACAAAGCGAUCUAACAUAAACCUAAUAUUACUACAAGUAAAAUGUAUUGCCCUUGGACUCUGAAGCAGUGGAAAUUUGUUUCCUAAAGAGAUGAAUCAUACAUAACCAUCUGCCAGUCAGAAUAUGUUGUCUACCUGAAUGCAUGUGGACAACUGUAAAGAUCUGUGGUGGAAGAAUAGUCUGUGGCUCUUUUAGAAGCAAAAGUGGACCUACUCCAUAUUAAUGCAUGUUUUUUGAAUGGGGUGUUUGAUCAGUAGAUGUCCACUUUUUGUUGGCCAAGUAGUAUAUUUACUUACACCUAAUUAGUAAAACAAAGAAAAAAAAUCCCAAAUUGGAUCUGUUAAAAGUAAAACAUGUUGGACAAAAUUUCUCAGGUUUCCCUAAGUAACACUACAAGUCAAUUCCAAGCUAAACCUCAAAUUAUCUUUAAAUCACAGUUAUGGCAAACUAAUGUUAUUCUAUUACAACAAAUUAAGAUGAUGUAAAACCACGGAUUUCCUCCUCCUACUUUGCCUUCCUCAAUGUACAUGGUGCUGAGUAUUUGAAGAUUAAAAACAAGUGACUACCUAGACAAUGAGGAAACAAGAGAAUCAUCUUAGAUCCAGAAAAAUUAUUAUGGCUGGGUAAAGGUUUCUCAACAUUUGCACUCCUUUGAACAUUCCAUGGGUUGUGUAAUCAGAGUGACGAUAUUUAAACUAGUAGGUUUGGGUUGCCCUGUGUCAAACACCAGUUGCCUGGUUUAUGCUAAGGUUUUUGAGGUGACCUGGCCCAAAGUAAAUAUAGAAGAAUUGUCUCUUUCCCUGAUUUUUAGUAUUAUGUUGAUUCAUCCCCAAUUUUUAAGAAAUAUGUGUUUGUGAGAAAUAGUUAUCUCUAUCCUCCAGUGUCUCCCUUUUGGCUCAUGUGCAUCAUUGUCCGCUUAGAGAGAGCAUAGAAAGACAAGGAGAAACAGAUACAAUGGGAUACAUUUAUCAAAGUGAGAAAUGACAGUUCAAUUCUGUCAUAAUUUGAAAGUAUUUAUUAAAGUGUUCUAAAAGUGACAGAUUCACCAGUUGUAACAGAAAGUUUCCAUUGCAGGACACACCACCUAAUUUAGAGUGACUAAGACAAAACAAAAGUGAAACAGAAAAUUUUUUGUGUCAGGAAAAGUGACAUAAAGAUUGAUAAAUCUGUUGCUUCACUGAAGAAAUUGUGCAAAUGAAAAUAAAAUAUGUUCAGGGCACAAAAGAAGGGAAUAAAACAAAGACUUCAGAUUUAAGAAAUUGUGUCUAUCCUUCUCUGAAAAUUAGAUAUAAAUGUGUUGGCAAUAGUGAUGUCCCGAACGGUUCGCUGGCGAAUAGUUCCUGGCGAACAUCGCUUGUUCGCGUUCGCCACGGAUGCGAAUAUAUGCGCUGUUCGGUCCGCCCCCUAUUCGUCAUCAUUGAGUAAACUUUGACCCUGUACCUCACAGUCAGCAGACACAUUCCAGCCAAUCAGCAGCAGACCCUCCCUCCCAGACCCUCCCACCUCCUGGACAGCAUCCAUUUUACAUUCAUUGUGAAGCUGCAUUCUUAGUGAGAGGAGGGACAGUGUAGCUGCUGCUGAUUUGAUAGGGAAAUUGAUAGGCUAGUGUAUUCAGUGUCCACUACAGUCCUGAAGUAUUCAUCUGAUCUCUGCUGUAAGGACAGCACCCCAAAAAGCCCUUUUUAGGGCUAGAACAUCAGUCUGCUUUUUUUUCUGUGUAAUGUAAUUGCAGUUGCCUGCCUGCCAGCCUGUGUGUCAGGCUCACAGCAUAUACUGUGCCCACUUGCCCAGUGCCACCAUUCCCUCACAAUAGCUUGCAUUUAAAAAAAAAACAAACAAAACUUUUUUGACUGUAAUAUAAUAGCAGUCAGUUUCCUUCACGAGUGUGCGUUUCAGGGCCUGCCCAGUGCCACCACUCACUCACUGGUGUCCCAAAGCUUGCAUUUAAAAAAAACAAAACUUUUUUGACUGUAAUAUAAUAGCAGUCAGUUUCCUUCACGAGUGUGCGUUUCAGGGCCUGCUCAGUGCCACCACUCACUCACUGGUGUCACAAUAGCUUGCAUUUAAAAAAAACAAAAAACUUUUUGGACUGUAAUAUAAUAGCAGUCAGUUUCCUUCACAAGUGUGCAUUUCAGGGCCUGCCCAGUGCCACCACUCACUCACUGGUGUCACAAUAGCUUGCAUUUAAAAAAAACAAAACUUUUUGGACUGUAAUAUAAUAGCAGUCAGUUUCCUUCACGAGUGUGCGUUUCAGGGCCUGCCCAGUGCCACCACUCACUCACUGGUGUCCCAAUAGCUUGCAUUUUAAAAAAACAAACAAUUUUGGACUGUAAUAUAAUAUCAGUCAGUUUCCUUCACGAGUGUGCGUUUCAGGGCCUGCCCAGUGCCACCACUCACUCACUGGUGUCCUAAUAGCUUGCAUUUAAAAAAAACAAAACUUUUUGGACUGUAAUAUAAUAGCAGUCAGUUUCCUUCAUGAGUGUGCGUUUCAGGGCCUGCCCAGUGCCACCACUCACUCACUGGUGUCCCAAUAGCUUGCAUUAAAAAAAAAAAAACUUUUUGGACUGUAAUAUAAUAGCAGUCAGUUUCCUUCACGAGUGUGCGUUUCAGGGCCUGCCCAGUGCCACCACUCACUCACUGGUGUCCCAAUAGUUUGCAUUUAAAAAAAACAAAACUUUUUGGACUGUAAUAUAAUAGCAGUCAGUUUCCUUCACGCGUGUGCGUUUCAGGGCCUGCCCAGUGCCACCACUCACUCACUGGUGUCUCAAUAGCUUGCAUUUAAAAAAAAAAAAAACGUUUUUGACUGUAAAAUAAUAGCAGUCAGUUUCCUUCACGAGUGUGCAUUUCAGGGCCUGCCCAGUGCCACCACUCACUCACUGGUGUCCCAAUAGCCUGCAUUUAAAAAAAACAAAACUUUUUGGACUGUAAUAUAAUAGUAGUCAGUUUCCUUCACGCGUGUGCGUUUCAGGGCCUGCCAGGGCACAGUGUCACACCAGUGCAACUCAUAUCUGGUGUAACAGUAGUGUACAUUUUAAAAAAAAAUACAAUUUUGACUGUAAUAGAUUGAAUAGCAGUUAGUUGUCUGCCAGCGUGUGUGUCAGGCUCACAGCGUAUACUGUGCCCACUUGCCCAGUGCCACCACUCAUAUCCGGUGUCACAAUAGCUUGCAUUUAACAAAAAAAAACUUUUUGGACUGUAAUAUAAAAGUAGUCAGUUUCCUUCACACGUGUGCAUUUCAGGGCCUGCCAGGGCACAGUGUCACACCAGUGCAACUCAUAUCUGGUGUAACAGUAGUGUACAUUUAAAAAAAAAAAAAAAUUUUUUUUGACUUUAAUAGAUUGAAUAGCAGUUAGAUGUCUGCAAGCGUGUGUGUCAGGCCUACAGCGUCUACUCUGCCAACUUCUGCCACUGCACAGUGCCACUCAUAUGUGUUGUCACAGUAGCUUGCACGCAUAGUACCACUAAUCGAAAAAAAAAUGACAGGCAGAGGCAGGCCACCCCGCAGGGGCCGUAGUGGUCGUGGUGCUGUGAUUCCCUUUGGCCCUAGAAUAAUGCCCAGUGUUCAGAGGCCACGUACCCUGAACUCGAAAAGUUCUGAGGACAUAGUUGACUGGCUAACACAGGACACCCAAUCUUCUACAGCUUCCGCUCGGAACCUUGAUGCACCAUCCUCCUCCAGCUUAGCUUCGGGCACCUCUCAAGUUACCACUCGCCCGCCUGCCGCCACCACCAACACUAGCACCACAGCAGCUUCACUUGGUAUGUCAGAGGAGUUAUUUACACAUCCGUUUGAAGAAAUGAGUGAUGAGCAACCAUUAUUGCCAGAGGAUGUAGAUAACAGGGAUAUGUCUCAGUCAGGCAGCAUUACACACAUGGACGUACAGUGUGAUGAUGAUGAUGUUGUACCCACUGCUGCUUCCUUUGCUGAGUUGUCAGAUACAAGUGAAGCGGUUGAUGAUGACGAUGCGUCCAUGGAUGUCACGCGGGUGCCCGCUCGUCAAGAAGAAGAACAGGGCGAAAGUUCAGAUGGGGAGACAGGGAGGAGGAGGAGACGAGUUGGAAGCAGGGGGAGGUCGUCGCAAGGAGCUAGUGGCACAGUCAGACAGCAUGCAUCGGCACCCGGGGUCAGCCAGACAGCACGCCAAUUAACGCAUGCUGUUGCCACCACCAGAAUGCCGUCAUUGCAGAGCUCAGCAGUGUGGCAUUUUUUUUGUGUGUCUGUCUCUGACAACAGCGAUGCCAUUUGCAACCUGUGCCAAAAGAAACUGAGUCGUGGGAAGUCCAACACCCACCUAGGUACAACUGCUUUGCGAAGGCACAUGAUCGCACAUCACAAACGCCUAUGGGAUCAACACAUGAGUACAAGCAGCACACAAACUCAAAGCCGCCAUCCUCCUCCUGGUCCAGCAUCUUCAGCCACGCUAACCACUGCUGUCCUCCUUGCCCCCUCUCAACCAUCCGCCCCUCCGUCUCUCGCCUUGAGCAGUUCCUGCUCAUCUGCCCACAGUCAGGUGUCUGUCAAGGACAUGUUUGAGAGUAAGAAGCCAAUGUCAGAAAGUCACCCCUUGCCCGGCGUCUGACAGCUGGCUUGUCUGUACUAUUAGCCCGCCAGCUUUUACCAUACAAGCUGGUGGAGUCUGAGGCGUUCAAAAAAUUUGUAGUUAUUGGGACACCGCAGUGGAAGGUACCCGGCCGAAAUUACUUUUCGCAAAAGGCAAUCCCCAACCUGUACUCAAUUGUGCAAAAGGAAGUAAUAGCAUCUCUGGCACACAGUGUUGGGGCAAGGGUCCAUUUGACCACUGAUACCUGGUCUGCAAAGCAUGGUCAGGGCAGGUAUAUCACCUACACCGCGCAUUGGGUAAACCUGCUGACUGCUGCCAAGCAUGGAAUGCAUGGCUCUGCAGAGGAGUUGGUGACACCGCCACGACUUGCAGGCAGUCCUGCUGCCACCUCCUCUACUCCUCCUACUCCAUCCUCUUCCAUAACCUCCUCGGCUGAGUCCUCUUCUGCUGCUCCGUCUUGCUCCACAUCAACGGCACCCCCCCAGCUCCCCAGGUACUAUUCCACAUCCCGGAUACAGCAGUGUCACGCCGUCUUGGGGUUGACUUGCCUGAAAGCAGAGAGUCACACCAGACCAGCACUCCUGUCCACCCUGAACGCACAGGUGGAUCAGUGGCUGACUCCGCACCAACUGGAGAUCGGCAAAGUGGUUUGUGACAACGGAAGAAAUUUGUUGGCGGCAUUGCAUUUGGGCAAGUUAACACAUGUGCCGUGCAUGACACAUGUGUGUAAUCUGAUCGUACAACGCUUUGUGCAUAAGUACCCAGGCUUACAGGACGUCCUGAAGCAGGCCAGGAAGGUGUGUGGCCAUUUCAGGCGUUCCUACACGGCCAUGGCGCACUUUUCAGAUAUCCAGCCACGAAAAAACAUGCCAGUGAGGCACUUGAUUUGCGACAGCCCGACAUGUUGGAAUUCAACACUCAUAAUGUUCGACCGCCUGCUUCAACAAGAAAAAGCCGUUAACGAUUAUUUGUAUGACCGGGGUGCUAGGACAGCCUCUGCGGAGCUGGGAAUUUUUUUGCCACGUUACUGGACGCUCAUGCGUCCUUUUGAGGAGCUGACAAACCUAGUCAGUCGCACAGAAGGCACCAUCAGCGACAUCAUACCAUUUGUUUUCUUCCUGGAGCGUGCCCUGUGAAGAGUGCUGGAUCAGGCCGUAGAUGAGCGUGAAGAGGAAGAGUUGUGGUCACCAUCACCACCAGAAACAGCCUUAUCAGCAUCGCUUGCUGGACCUGCGGCAACGCUGGAAGAGGUUUGUGAGGAAGAGGAGUCAGAGGAGGAAUGUGGCUUUGAGGAGGAGGAGGAAGACCAACCACAACAGGCAUCCCAGGGUGCUCGUUGUCAGGCAGAAGGAGAACGACCUGUACUGGGUGUCCACGCUACUAGACCCCCGGUAUAAGCAGAAAGUGCCUGAAAUGUUACCGAAUUACAGCAAGUCGGAAAGGAUGCAGCAGUUCCAAAAUCAAUUAAAAAGUAUGCUUUACACAGCGUAUAAGGGUGAUGUCACAGCACAACGGGAAUCUAACAGGGGAAGAGGUGAAAGUAAUCCUCCUCCUCCCACGACCACGCCGGCAAGGACAGGAUGCUUUACAGACGUGUUGUUGAUGGAGGACAUGCAGAGCUUUUUAAGUCCUACACAUCGCCACAGCCCUUCGGGGUCCACCCUCAGAGAAUGACUCGACUGACAGGUAGCAGACUACCUCGCCUUAACUGCAGAUAUCGACACUCUGAGGAGCGAUGAACCCCUUGACUACUGGGUGUGCAGGCUUGACCUCUGGCCUGACAGUGGGCAAUACAUUCGACUAAAAAAGGCCUGAUGAGGGGGACGUAACAGGGUGUCGCGGCUGCUGGCCCGCCACCUGUCAUGCUGCCAUACUGUUAAUAAGGCAAUACAUCUUCAACCCAGGUGGAAAUCUUUAUGGAACCAAAUAAAUGCUCAUAAUGUUCUCUAGAGCUAGAGCCGCCACCUGAUAUUUAAAUCCCUAGCUCACCCCAGUACCUUGCUCUGUCGUGGUUUCCUGUUCCUGGUUUCCUGAGAGUGCUUUAUCAUUGUAAAUCUGAUUUCCUGGUAUCCUGAUCUUGGCUUUUCCCUGGUUAUUCUGAAUUCUGGUUUCCCUGACUUGGCUUGUGUAAAUGGUAUUGUGUAUUUUCUGACUUCCUUGACCUCGGCUUUCCCUUUGACCAUUCUCUGUCUCUAGCGUAUUAGUCUGGCCAUUCUAAGGUCCAGUUUACGCUCUGUCCUUUUAUUUUCCUUUUCUUGCCUAUGUAUAUGUUUACAUAGUUUCUGCGUGCUGGACCACACUAGUAGUCGUGACAUUGGGAUUAAACUGAUAAGAAUAGUACUACUUAACACACCACUCCUAUCUGGUGGCACAUUAGAUUGCACGCGCAGUGCCCCAAAUUUGAAGAAGGAGGACCGACCAAGCAUCUUUUUCCAUCUCCCGGUUCCUAAAAUCGAUGCCAUAUACACGUCCCCUGAUAGGGGACGUAACAGGGAUUAAACUGAUAAGAAUAGUACUACUUUACACACCACUCCUAUCUGGUGGCACAUUAGAUUGCACGCGCAGUGCCCCAAAUUUGAAGUAGGAGGACCGACCAAGCAUCUUUUUUCAUCUGCCGGUUCCUAAAAUCGAUGCCAUAUACACGUCCCCUGAUAGGGGACAUAAAAGGGAUUAAACUGAUAGGAAUAGUACUACUUAACACACCUUAUAAUAACGCAGAGAGAGGCAACGCAGAGAGAGGAGUCUGAAGAAGAGAAGUCAGAGGAGGAAGGUGUCUUUGAGGAGGUGGAAGACCAAACACAGCAGGCGUACAUGGCUCGGUGGAGGAAGAGACCUUCAAUGAUAUCAGUGAGGACAAGGAACGGGACAUGGCUAGCUUGGUAUCCAACCUUGUGCAAAUGGGGAGUUUGCGGUUGUGUAAAUGGACUGUUUGCGGUUGUUUGCGGUGCGUUAAACGGGGAGUUUGGUCUGUCACUGUGAAGACUUUACCCUUACACUACCUGAUCGAUACAACAUCAUACCUGAUGUUUUAAAGCACGUUAUUCCAAACUAUUUAGGAAUGUUAGGUGAUUUAUGCCCUUUAUGGAUUAAAACCAGACUCUGCAUCAACUAUGUAAUUUUCCAUGGGAGUUUUGCCAUGGAUCCCCCUCCGGCAUGCCACAGUCCAGGUGUUAGUCCCCUUGAAACAACUUUUCCAUCAAUAUUGUGGCCAGAAAGAGUCCCUGUAGGUUUUAAAAUUCGCCUGCCUAUUGAAGUCUAUGGCGGUUCACCCGGUUCGCCCAUUCGCGAACAUUUGCGGAAGAUCUCGUUCGCCGUUCGCGAACUGAAAAUUUUAUGUUCGCGACAUCACUAGUUGGCAACACUUUGUUAAAAACCCAUCAUUGUUUGUGUCUGUGCUCCUCCAAUGCAAUGUGUGCCUCGACUGAUCUAGUUUGUGAUGUGUCAAUUGCUAAAACUUUAAAUCUAUAAAGUUUUAGACAAAAUAUGUGAUUUUAAAUAUUUUAUUUGUAAUUUCCAGAGAAGUGAGAGAUAGUUCCCUGUUAAGGAGUUGAGAUGCCCUAGCAAUGUUAAAAAAGACCCUCAAUUUCUGCCUAUGGAAAACAGAUCAGAGAAAGCAAAAUUAUUUCAGGAUACCAUAACACUUACAGUUUUUGUCAGUUUUAUUACAGGAAAGCUAAACAAAAUCAAGAGCAAACAGCAGGAACCUCUAUACCGUUAGCACUUAACAUCAUUGAUAAAUAAAAUGGCUGGUUUAACUAUCUUUUUUUUUAAACCCACAGGCAAAUAUGUAAAGCGAGAAUGUGACUCUACUACACCAACACAAUGUGAAAACUGUCCUUCUGGAUCAUACACCAAAAAGUGGAACUAUGUCGAAAAAUGUAGUAUGUGCCGGCCAUGUGGUAAGACAGACCUCUGACACUUAGUCGAUUGUAUUACUUGACCACACAAUAAAAUAUUACGGCUCUAGCUCUAGAGAACAUUAUGAGCAUUUAUUUGGUUCCAUAAAGAUUUCCACCUGGGUUGAAGAUGUAUUGCCUUAUUAACAGUAUGGCAGCAUGAGUUAUUCUUAUCGUUUAAUCAAGCAUUUCAUUUCAGAUUGGGAGGGUUUGAUUUAGUUGUUGACUUGUGUCUGAAAAGUAACUUUGUUCGUGCACAUUGAAUGUAGUCACUGUAUAGUAUUAUGAAACAUCUUAAAACCACACCAGACAAGUUACAUAACAAUCAGAAAAAUGUGUGCUUAAUUGUUCUCUUUAAAUAUAUUUAUUAGUGACGUUAGAUUGUUCCUUUUUUUACUAUUUGAUUAUUGUCCCUUCCCCCCCACCCCCGUCUCAUGUGGCUGUAUCAAAAUAGAAGAAAACCGACUGUCUUUUAAGAGUCAUUACUUAUAAUGAUUGUGACAAAAGCACUUUCGCCACUGGGUUUUUUGGAGAGGCCUGCUUGCCAGCCUCCUACCCUGUGACUAUGGGACCUGCAAUAUACCUGAUAUAUGAUCUUUAAAAGGCUUUAUGUGAUGUAUGUGCUUUUGUACUCCAUAAAGAGAGACUGACCGUUGGCCCUAAUUCCCUGGAACUGUUUUGGGCAUAAGUACCAUGUACGCUAUCAGUCAAAACAAUGACUUCCAGGAAAUUCCAGAACCCCUGAACCGAUCUGGGUGAUUUUCGGAUAUGUUGUUCACCCAGAUCGGGGCUAUCGGGGGAUGUAACUUUUAUGGGGUUUUACAUGGUUCUAAGGUACUUUUUGGGGAUUUCAUUAAAAUGUAUGUUUUUUUUCUGUGGAUUUUGUAAGUACAGUUCCUGAUUCAAUUAUCUCCCAAGCACAGAGUAGGGAUUGUAUUGUUUGUGUAUGGGAGUGUCAGACAUUGUUACACUGUUUUUAUUGGUCUGUGCAUUCUGUAAUCCUGUCCCCAUCAGGUCCAGGGGGUGUUCCUAUGUAUGAGGAUUGUGUAUAAAAGCCAGUGUGUGAACCAUUAAAGCUAACGUCUUACCCCUUCAUGAAGUUUUGGCUCAUGUUUGGGGGGCUGGAGAAUUACGUUCACACUCAGGGGAUUGCUAUAUCCCAAUACUCCCCUGAGUAUAAUCAUUAGAUCUUCUAAAAGCUGUUCCUGCUACGCUCUCUGGACUAAGGAGAGGUUCACCCACUGGAAGCUGGAGCCUAGUCAUAGGUCCAGAGUGGGUGGAGGACGGCCAAAUCCCAACCAAGCUGUGGCGGUUCGUGGGGUCUCUGUUAUGGUGUUCCAGGGAAGUGCUUAUGGUACUCAUCAGUACUAGGAAGCAGAGAUUGAUGGGGGUACCCAGUCGGGGUGCAGGCGGUCCGUCACAAUGAUCUUGGUCCAAAGACUGACCUCUUGCACUUAGUCCACCGUAUCUCUUAAAACACUAAUAUUGUUUAGUCCAAUGUCAGUGUUCUGCUCUCUGCAAUGACACUGAAAGUCUCAAUUGUACUGGUGUAGGUUGUCUAUUAAGACCUUACAUCUGGCCUCACUAGGCGUAUCAUUGAUAUCAUUAAAAUAACUUUUUUUAGAAGCCUUUGAAACAAGGAUGCCCUUUAGUGAACACUCUGGUUUCUGUGAUUUCCUACGGAACUCCCAUACCCAGACAGAGCCAUAUACUAACUGAUGUUUCAGCAAAGUUACUCCAGGUAUUAGCAAUUAUGGUGUAACUUUGUUUGAAACCACAAAAUGGUCCCCCUGGCUCCAGUAAAUUGAGCUGAAUGUUUCCAGCCCUUAUUACCAGAUAUAACCUAGUUCCCUCCAGUUUUUAGCUCAUGCUAUCACCCUUCCUCCAAUUCUUCCAGUUUUCUGCCUGUUAUUAUCCUUGUUUUAAUACUCCCCAGUUUUUUGUCCAUGUUAAUAUCCUUUCUCCAAUCCUCACCAGAUUUUAGUCCCGUUAUAAUCCUUCCUCCAGUUCUCUCCAGUGUCUGGUCCAUGUUAUCAGUUAUCAGCAGUUAUCCCCACUUCUCUUGCAUGUGUUUAUCCCACACUCCCUGCCCAUGUUAUCCUCCUUCUCCCUGUUCUCCCCACUUUUCAGCCCACAUUUUAUCCUUUCUUGGCUUCUUCUCAUUGACUUGUCUCCUCCUCUAUAUCAUCCUACAGGAUUAGAUUUUAUAGUAAAGGUGAACUGCUCGGCCACCCAGGAAACAGUCUGUGAAUGUCAAGAAGGGUUUGAGUGUCAUUAUAGGAGCAAGCAGGGGUGCAUGGCUUGUCUCCCUUCUCCCAUCUCACCUCUGCCACUGACAGAAAAAACCACAGGUAAAUGAGGGUUCCACUUCUCUUGCUUGUGUUUAAGAACGUUAAACAUUACUGAAUUUUAAUCCCUCAACCUUUCACUCUUUGCAACUCUUUAGGCCACUGGCUAUAGUUAGUGGUGUUAUUAUUGUAUACUUUUUUUUUUGUAAAGUAAGCCUAUCCGUCCCCUGUCAGAAAUUCACCCAACAAUCCUGCAUGUCUGCUGACUCGGACACCCAUUACCAACAACCCAUCUGUCCACCACCAAUAACCCAGCAUUUCUGCUCUCUCAGAUAUCCAUCUCCAACACUCUGCCUGUCUUCUCUCCCUUGAACAUAUAUCCACACCUUGUAUACCUGCUCUCUCAUUCAGAUGACUCUCACCAUUAAAGCUGUGUGCCUUCUCUCUCCCAGGUGUUCACCAGAUUCCAGGAUUACCACCGGAUAACUCGGUUUACAUUUCAGGUAGACUUCCUUGAUAUGUACAUAUCUAUAUAUUUCCUGUUUACAUGUUCUCUAUAACGAGGAUACAUAAUAACCUGCUUCCCAUUCCAAAGGCAGAGUACUGCCUGCACACAGUAUCUCAAAACAAGUGUGGUUGUUAAAUACUCAAUUUGGCUCACAGGCACUGUACUGCCUGCUACAACAAGGGGGCACAAUAAAUGUCAUUGUGGUUCACUACUUCUUUGCUGCCUAGUAUAACAUUGUAUCUCUAAGGCUUCUUUAUUGCCUCCUAUAACAGUGGUAGACAACUAGUCUGCAUUGGAGCUUAUAGGCCUUUUAUUGUCUGUUAGAGCAAGGAUACCCAAUAUACUACUCCCAUACCCAUAGGACCGUUACUGCACGUUAUAACAAGGGCACGCAUCACAGUGGCCUAUAAACCAUCUCUUAUCUAUUGAAAGUAAGCAAUAUACUGACUCUGAAUUCAUAGGUAUUGUUCUGCCUCCUGACCCAUAGGCCAUUUACUGUCUGUAAGACUAACUGUGAAUGUUUGGUUCUUACUGUGUCCCAAGCCAUAGAUCGCUCAGUUCCCACUAUAAUCAUAGUGCAUGUUAUACUGUGUCCAAGCCUACAUCUACUAUUCUGCCUUUUAUAAAGAAGGUUUAAUGUAGUAUAUUAUUUUGCACUAAUUCAGCCUCUCACUUCCUUCUAUUAUGACUGUUGACAAUAACCAGCCGCCUGGCCUAUAAGCCAUUCUUUUAAUUCUGUAACGAGUGUUGGAUAUCCGAUCAACCUUGGAAAUAUCUAUAAUGACUCCAGUAUAAACAGUUAGGGAUGUAUGAAUAUGCAGCAAUAUAAAAUAAAAUGUCUCCUGUUGGAAUUCUUUUGAGAACUGGGUUGUCAUCAACAAAAUGUUAGCUAUAAAUAAAUGUAACAAAUGUGUGAUACAUUGAUUCACUUCUGGGAAUGGGAGGACCAGGGCAGAUCUUUAUAAGAAACAUCAGAGCAGGAAACACUGGGCAGACAGGUCCAGCCACUUGCAAUAGGAAUAGGAACUUUGUAAAUGUUCUAGUUAAUAUUAAUAUUAAUAUAAUGCUUGAUGUAAUAUAAUGAUGUGUCAUGUGCAUCUCUAUUUGUAGUGGAUUCAGAACACUAUGAUGGUUAUAACCAUCUGUAGUUUUAUUAAAUAUUUUAGUUUGAAAUUUAAGUUUUUUGGGGGGAAAACCAUUUUCCAGUGUAUUCAGUGCAUUGAUGACUAUUAUGUAAUAUUAGUGUAGUUUAUCCUUAAAGGAACACUAUAGGUUCUGGAACAUGUAGUACAUUCUUACCUUAACUCCAGUCUGCUGCUAGUGGGUCUGACCCUGAUAUGCCUGCUUGGCUGACAUCAUCAGAAGUCUUGAUCAAAGCCAAUCACAAUGCUUUCUCAUAGGAAAUAAUUGCAUUGGCUGACACUGUCAAGGAAGCAGGUCAGGGGCAGAGCCAGCACAAGCCAAGCACAGCCCUGGCCAAUCAAUAUCUCCUCAUAGAGAUUAAUUGAAUCAAUGCAUCUCUAAGAGGAAAGUUCAGUGUCUCCAUGCAGAGGCUGGAGAUAUUGAAUCAGUCACACUGUGCAGUACUGCCCCAGGAAGCACCUCUGAGGAGUGGCCAGUGGAGUUAUCACUAGGCUGUAAUGUAAACACUGCAUUUUCUCUGAAAAGAAAGUGUUUGCAACAAAAAGCCUGAAGGGAAUGAUUAUAUUCACCAUAACAAAUACAAUAAGCUGUAAUUGUACAUGUUGUAAAACUGUUAAUUUUUUUAACCACGCUAAGCAGACUCCCUCUGAUUUUAGGCAGCCUAAGCAAGCAAAGCUGGAAUAGUUGAGUGAAAUUCAGCAGCUAUCAUCUUUCCUCAGUUCCUUGUUCUCAGUUCUGAGAAUAGCAAUUGCAGAAUUGUCCUGUGUCAGCUGCAAGUUCUUGGUUCCAAAUGCAUUCUGGGAUAUUGCAGUACUUAACUUCCUUAAAUCUACCCUCAGUGUAGUAGAUGUAUGAGUGGACCUGGAAACAUUUUAUUUAUUUUUUUACAACUGCUGUUAAUUUACUAUAAGAGGUGCACAUACUACUGAUUCCGGCCCAUAAAGAUUUUAACUUUAACAAAGUGGCAAACAAUAUUACAGGCUGGCCAAUCAACUGCUCACAGUGGAGGUCCCUGGUCCCAACAAUUCGCAGUUUCACUUAUUCAUUUUUGUAACAGCACUAUGAACAUUUAAAACCUAUCAAAAAGAACACAAUGUUAAACUGCAAUGCACAGUAAGGAAGAUCUUUCAAGUGAAAUCGUUGUUGACCACUAGUGAUGUCGCGAAGGCAGCUUCAACAUGGAUGCUGUCCAGGAGGUGGGAGGGUCUGGGAGGGAGGGUCUGCUGGAGAUUGGCCGGGAUGUGUCAGCUGACCGGAGCUUGCCGCGAACGGUUUGUGGCGAACCGCGGCGAGCCGUUCGCGGGAAGUUCGCGAACGGUUCGCGACAUCACUAUUGACCACACGAUAACCAUGCCAAUGCUGAGAUGUGUAAGCUUGCAGAAGAUGUUGGUCGAUGAUCCUGUCAGGUUUACUCAAUAGAGUUUAAGAAUGUUAUCAUUUACCAAUCCUAUACUGGCUGCCUGAGGAGUCGCUAGAAGUACAAAUAAAUGUGAAUAUUUAUAGUAGCCGGUAUCUAGGAGCCUCAGAUAAACACAUCUCAUUUCCACAUUUUAUCUGAUCAUACUCUCCCUCUUUUUUCAGGUUCCUUUAUCUUGAUUGUGACUUUAAUUCUGGUGGUCAUUCUUGGUCUAAUGGUUUUCUACAUGUGCAAAAAAUGUUUCCUAUUGAAAAAAAUAGGUAGGAAAUAUUACCGUGGCAUGCUAUUAAAUAUUAUCCUGAACAAGCAUUAAAUAUUAUCCUGACCUAGUAUUAAAUAUUAUCCUGAUCUAGUAUUAAAUAUCAUUAAAUAUUAUCCUGAUAUAGUUUUAACUAUUAUCCUGACAUAGUAUUAAAUAUUACUAAAUCAUUUCCUGACAUACUAUUAAAUAUUAUCCUGAUGUAGUAUUACAUAUUAUUAAAUAUUAUCCUGACCGAGUAUUAAAUAUUACUAAAUAUUAUCCUGAUCUACUAUUAAAUACCAUUAAAUAUUAUUCUGAUAUAAUAUUAAAUAUUAUCCUAACCUAGUAUUAAAUAUUAUUAAAUAUUAUCCUGAUCCUGUAUAGAAUAUCAUUAAAUAUUAUCCUGAUAUACUAUUAAAUAUCACCCUAACCUAGUAUUAAAUAUUAUUAAAUAUUAUCCUAACCUAGUAUUAAAUAUUAAAUAUUAUCCUGAUCCAGUAUUAAAUAUCAUUAAAUAGUAUCCUGAUAUACUAUUAAAUAUUAUCCUUACCUAGUAUUAAAUAUUAUCCUGACCUAGUAUUAAAUAUUAUUAAAUAUUAUCCUGAUAUACUAUUAAAUAUUAUCCUAACCUAGUAUUAAAUAUUACUAAAUAUUAUCCUGACAUAUUAAAGGACCACUACAGCAAAAAAGGGUUAAUCCUAGGUGGACCUGGCACCCAGACCACUUCAUUUAGCUGAAGUGGUCUGGGUGCCUUUGGUGGUCCUUUAAAACAACAAUAAAUUCACCCUAUUUGCCAUAAACCAAUGGUUAUCAUGGUCUUUACAAGGUCUGUGCAAUAGUAUUCCAAUACCAAAUUAAUGAAUGAGAGGACCAAAAGUCUUCAUAAAAUUGAAUAUAUAUAAAAACAGAAAGUCUUUAUGCAAACAAUUGCUUGUGUGAAUAAUCCUUAAAAAUUCAUCAGUAAUCCAGUCAUCCACAGUCUUAGCUUGUCUCAACCGUGCAGAUCAGUUGCCCAACUUCUCAAUAUCCCAUUUCAAAUAUUUUAAAUUAUGUAAUAUUUUUCAAUACCAUUCUCUUACAAAGGUUAUUUAGGCUAGGGUGGGUGGUCCUUUAUUACCCCUGAAGAAAAUCUUCCAGUUAAGUCACUAAUUAGAUUCAGCAUCUAUAAUUUUGUACUUUUUUCCACCAGCUUCUGGCAAAUUAUUAUAACCUAUCUGUAGUUAUAUUUUAUUUCUCCCAGUAAGUAGUGAAAAGUAAAAAAAAACUAGACCCGCCUCCAAUUCUUAUGAAAUAUGAAUAUAAUAUGUACGACAUUUAAGAGGCAAUUAAAAUUUUUACAAAAUCUUCUCUCUUUAUUGCAGCAAAAAUACUCAUAAAGAAGGUGAGUUUAUGUUUUUUUUUCUUUUGUUGUACACAGAUACACUUAUACUGUGCAUAUAUUCUUAACCCGCGUAUGUUUUACUGUACGUAGAGUACAAUACAAGAGGUGUUCCUGACAACGUGAGACUGGUCUUUACUAACUUGAACUUUCCUUAGUAUGGUUGUUAUUAUUAUUAUUAUUAUUAUAAGUUUCAACUGCUGAUUGAACGCACAAGAGGUGUUGAAUUCCAUAACUAAAUACCCUCUCUUGCAAUAUUUAAUGUAAUCCUUUUUUUUUUUUUUUAAGUUCUUUAUUUUUGAUUGACAAUAAGUAAUAACAGGAGAUGUUGACCGGGCUUGAGCACAAGCCGUGAAAAACAUUACAAGAAAUAUCAAUAUUGCGAUACUGAGUCACAUAAGAGAAUGCAAUUACGGAAUUAACACAGGAGACUCGGCAUACAAUGCAGUUUGGUAGGAUAGGUCUUCAUUUACAUGAUGUCAAGGUGUUUAUUUUUUAGUUGCGCGUUAUUAUGGUCGCAGAUGGUAUGCUAAGUGUUAGGUACAUGGUGGCAACUGGGGGUGGCGAACCCGAUGCUUCUGUAGGUUUGUAUGAUAGAUAUGGGGUGAUAGGGGGUGUUUGGCGAUGUAUUGAGACAGCUGCUUGACUUCUUACACUACUGGGGAUCUCCCUAUCUGAUGUAAUCCUUUUUUUGUGCACAGAAUGGAACAGGUUAUCAAAAUGAGAAAGGAACUAAUACCGUGGGAGGUAUGGGAAAUGGACACAAUACAAAUCCCUUCCUGCAACUAACAGUGAACGAGACAGCAGAUGGGAAGUACAUGGAUGUGGCACAGACUGUAACUAUCAUUGCACCUGAAAGAGAAACAGGCCAGUGUAUAGAUAGAAUUCCAGAGACUGUCUCUCAAGAAGAAGAAUUACUAAACCCCUUGCAGUGUACAGGUCAGUUUACAGAAAAUAAAAACGUGCUAAAGGGAACAGGAGAACACGUAAGGAGGUCUAUAUAUUCAAUAAUAACAAUGGCCUUGGAAAGUCAUUUCAGUCACAUAGAUUAAAGACAGUGUUGAUUCAAAGAUUAGGGUACCACAAUCUCAGUGAAAACCAAGUGCAUCAAAGACCUGAUUGGCAAAACCCAAUUUAGCAGAUAUUAGUAGAAAAUAGGUCCAGGCACUCAAGGAUUCUUCAAAAAGGCAGAUUUAUGGAAAACUGAAUGUGCAAUAUUUCGACCUACACAGUGGCUUUUGUGUAGAUCGAAAUGUUACACAUUCAAUUUUCAAUAAAACUGCCCUUUUGAAGAAAUCUUGAGUGCGUAGACCUACUCUCUAAUAACAUAGAUUAAAGGGACUUUCCACUGCCCAAAUUAAAACAUUUAAAGAAAUAAAAUUAAAAAUCACUGUUAACUAGAUAUACAACCAAUGAAAACAUGCUUCCCAUAUUUUCAUUGGGGUUAUUUCUGAAAACAGCUUUCAAUGUCAGCAAAUCUUUUAUCUGCAGUCUUUGCAAACACUUUCUUUCCCAGCCCAGACUUUCUGUGGCUGUCCAAUCACAGACUUCCCAGUGCAAUAAGAAGUAUUUGCAAGGCAAGUUCCGAGUAAUUGCUGCCUCUUGCAUUUAACUCCACUGAAAUUAAACAACCAGGAAGUAACAUCACAGGUUGGAUGAUUGACAGCCAGGGGGUUGUAACAAGGUUGAAAACCAAAUAAAUUUGAUUCAAGUAGGAUCAAAGAGAAGUGGAUCCAGACCCACUUGUUACAUUUGAACUGUCAGAGAAUUAUAUAGUAAACACAACUUUUCACAUUCUUAGUGCCAUUCUUUUGUAGAGAUUGCAAUUAGAGCACUGACCAGUUAACGGGACGUUAUAGUCAACAAAACAACUUUAGCUUAAUGAAGUAGUAAUGGUGUAUAGAUCAUGCCCCUGCCAUCUCGCUGCUCAGUUCUUUGCCAUUUAGGAGUUAAAUCACUAUGUUUAUGCAGCCCUAGUCACACCUCCCUGCAUGUGACUUUCACUGCCUACCUAAACACUUCCUGUAAAGAGCCAUCUAAUGUUUACUCUUCCUUUAUUGCAAAUCCUGUUUAAUUGAGAAUUACUUAUCUCCUGCUAUGUUAAUAGCUUGCAAAAUCCUGCAGGAGUCUUCUGUAUGUAAUCACAGUUCAAUUUACAGAGCAGGAGAUAAAAACUGUUAAAGUAAGUUAACAUCAGAUUGAAAAUCAAACCAUUUUGUUUUCAUGCAAUCUGUGUCAGUCACAGUCAGGUGUGGCUGGGGCUGCUUAAACAGAAACAAACUGAUUUAACUCCAAAACGGCAGAGAAUAGAGCAGUGAAACGUAAAAGGGAUGAUCUAUACACCAAAACUUUGAUAAAAAUUGGUAAAUACGUACCAGGAAUGACUAUAUAACUGUAACUCAGUGCAUAAGCAGGUUGUUCCCUCCAUACACAGUGAUUUUUCAUCACUGUUACUAUAAUUAGCAAUAAUAUACAGUUUCAGAUGGGAAGCAGCUUCCUUUCACGGAAUCGCUAAUUAAUCUGCUGUUUCCUGGACAGUCUAGUUUCAUUGUUCUUUAUUCUAAUUUUAUUCAACUUAAAACAUCCCAGGGAGAGAUCAUAAAAAAUAAGGAUAAAUCAAUAAACAGAAUUAUUUACUAAAGUGAGAAUUGUCGGGAAUUGAAAGUUAGUUCAAAGUGAAGUUUAAUACAAAAAUAGCCAAACCGGUCAGUGCUGCGGCGCUUUAACAGCGUGACUGGAUCCCCCCUGUGAUGAGGUAAGAACUGGGAGGAAUGAGAGGGGCUGGGUGCCUGAAGUUUACACAUGGGGGAGUAAGACAUAUUUGGUAUCCCCAGGGCAUUUGUCACACCGGGGCCCUGUGGUUUCUAGUUAUGCCUCCGACAGACAUAACAUAGGAACUACUUUGUCUUAGUAUUUUUACCUAUGCCUGACACUUCUAGACACUAGGCCAAGCUACCAAUAUCUAGGCUGCAGAGAUAUAAGGCUGUGUACAAGAGAAGAUGUUUAGGAGAAUUGAGUAGUGUUUUCAGGUCACUGAGUAUUGGGGUAAUGUAUACAUUGUGAGUGAAUAGUGAGGGACAAUACAUGUCUACCUACAGAGGAUGUUAUCCUAAUUUAUAUAUUAAUGUGUAUGUUAUUCUCAACAUGUUCUUCCUCUUCAGGCAUCAGAAACAACCCAGAUGAACACGACAUUAUCAACAUAUAUUCCAGCCCUAAAGCUGAGCUGGUGUUACCCCAGGUUGCGAAAGUUUGUGUCCGCACGCCUAAGCAAGUUGCUGAUACCCAUCUAAGCUUCCCAAUCCAGGAAACGCAACAACCAAAGGGUGAAGAAGAUUUGCACAUGGCAUUAGAAGCCCCAAGCCAUAUCUACUCUCCUACCCCUAGUGACGUACAUGGCUAUAUCGAUUAUACUGCUCUUGCGAAGACACACAACUGUACCUGUCCUCUUGCCCCUGUGGAGUGACAGAGUGGUAUUUACAUUGCUCUCCCCACAUAAAAUCAAACCCCACACUUAGGGGGUUAUAUGCUGAGCAAAUCUCAUGCUGGGCCUAUCCAAAGUCCAUAGUGAAAAGAUGAUGUGAAGUGCCACAACAGCUCACCAAAAGUGUGACAUGCACUUUUCUCUUCGCUUUACAGGGUUAUAAUCUGACCCCUCCUUCUGCAGGAGAAAUGAUAUAAGGGUAACGGUCUGAGUUACUAGCAGGACCUAUAUGGUCAAAGUCAAUGACAACAUCCCAGAGCUUCUUGUCACAGUGUUACCUCUAUAACUGUCAGCUGACGAUGGUUUAUAUUGUUAAAAUUUUACAUCACAGUAAUUCUCAUGUGUGUUAUAUUUUAAUAUAAUAUAUGUAAUGCAGUUCAAUGGUAAACACGUGAAAGGGCAAUGAAUGUGUUAUGGGUAUUAAUUGUGGAUCUAAGAAAUAUCCCAGAAUCCUCAGCACUGAAGGAAGUAUUAUUGUAUCAGUAAGGGCUGUGUAUAUCUACAGAAUAAAAUAAAAAAUACGACAGUUCGGGAGCCUCGUGGAAAGGAAUGCAGGUGGUUUCCCGUGUAAGUUAGUAACCGUUUAGAACAUGACAUAAAAUGCAUUUAUCUUCUCAUGAGAAAUUACCGGUAUCUAUUUUCUACACAAAGAGAGAAAGCAACAUGUUUAAAGCAAAGGAGAAUAAAACCGUUUCAGAUUUGACAAUAGAGAUCAAUGUUUUUUUUUACUGCACUCAAGAAAACACAAGUCAGGAAAAAGGUUAAUCCAUGGCAAGGUUUGAGAAUUUGGGAAUCCAAACAGGGUCAUUCCCUAAAUCGAGAAUUCAGAGUGAAAUUUAAAAUGUAAGGGCAAAAUAGCCACACACGAAAAUGGAGAUUUUUUUUCUAAUUCGGCUAUUCUGGUCUAAAUUUUGAAAUUCACUUUAAAUUCACAUUGCAGAUCCAGGCAAUUCUCAGUUUAGUAAAAAGCCCUGUAAAUCAGGAAAUGUGUAUAUAUUGCACCACUUUUAUCAGUCAUGCAAAUCUAACAGGGUAACUGAGUACAUGUGCAUUGUCAGGAAUUCCACAUGAAUUUCAAAUUAUAGUCAAAAAUAGAAAAUGUCAUGUUAAAGUUUCAUUUCACUUUGAGCACACAUUGAAUUCCCAGUAAUACACACGUUAGUAAAUAACCUGGUAUAUGUAUUGUGUGUUGCCAAGAAAGACUCACUGUGAAUUCUGAUCUACAAUCUUUUCUAAGAGCUGUCACGUUUUACAAUAUAAGCUAUAAAUUGGGUGCUUUCCCUGACGUCUCAUUGUGUUAAUAAAGUUUAUCAAUGUGUUUUAAAGUCUAGAAAUGUUCUUUAGUUUAGAAAAACGUCGCCUGAGAGGGGAUAUCAUAACAUUAUACAAAUACAUUCGGGGCCAAUACAAACCAUUGUGUGGAAAUCUAUUCACAAACCGGACUUUACAUAGGACACGAGGUCAUGCGUUUAGUCUGGAAGAAAGAAGAUUUCGUCUAAGGCAAACGAAAAGUUUUUUUACUGUAAGAACAAUAAGUAUGGGGAAUUCUCUGCCUGAAGAAGUGGUUUUAUCAGAGUCCAUACAGAUGUUCAAACAACUACUAGAUGCAUACUUGCAACAACGUAAUAUUCAAGUAUAUACUUUUUCAAUGUAGGGCAAUAACUGCUUGAUCCAAGGAUAAAUCUGACUGCCAUUCUGGGGUCAAGAAGGAAUUUUUUUCCUAGCUUGUUGCAAAAUUGGAAGUGCUUCAAACUGGGUUUUUUGCCUUCUUUUGAAUCAACAGCAAAAAACAAAUGUGAGGAAGGCUGAACUUGAUGGACACAAGUCUCUUUUCAGCUAUGUAACUAUUUUUUAUGCCCAGUUUUAUGUUGAUGAUUUUGAUGUUGUUGUUGCUGUUUUAAUUUUACUUUGUAAAAAAAAAAAA